AUGAAAUCUCUUGUGCACAUAUUUAUCACCUUCCCUGGUCACAGAAGAUUUAUCCACAUCAAGGAGGAGUUCUACAAGAUUGCAGUUUGUGUUACAGCUAUUCCUAAUGUAACUGGUACAGUAGAUUGCACCCAUAUUCGUAUCCAACGCCCCUCAGGGGCACAUGAGGGAGAUUAUGUUAACAGGAAAUCCUUCCACAGUGUCAAUGUUCAGAUGAUCUGUGAUGCUGACUGCCUUAUCACAAAUUUAGAGGCAAAGUGGCCUGGCUCAGUCCAUGACUCCAGAAUCUUUCGGGCUAGUAGAAUUUACCAGAGACUCUCUCUAGGUGAGUUCUCUGGUGUGCUGCUGGGGGACAAAGGCUAUGCGUGUGAGACAUUUCUGAUGACUCCCCUUACAGACCCCCAAACCCCAGCACAGCAAGCUUACAACCAUGCCCAUGCCAAAACCAGGGCUCAAACUGAAAUGACCUUCAGCCUCCUGAAAUCACGAUUUCAGUGCCUGCACCAACUGAGGGUCUCCCCAGACAGAGCAUCUGACAUGACUGUUGCCUGCACAGUGCUGCACAAUAUUGCCAGCCUAAGAAAAGAAAGGGCUCCCAGAGUUGCUUUGGAUGUUGAUUGGGACAAUGCUGCCAUAUUCCCAGAUGACAGAAAUGGUAGACUUGUUAGAGAACAAUACAUUGCAAAUUAUUUCAGUUAAUUUAGUUUUGAUUUAGGCCAUCCCUUAAUAAAGGAUAAUGUAGGCUAUAUAACUUUCUCAUGUGUACAUGCAUUUUAUUUGGCAUCGGUAGCACACACUGUGGUUAUCUUCCCAAAUUCUAGUUCCACUUCACUGGAUCAAUAACUAUAAA